UCUUGUUCUUCUUUCUUCUCCUCGCAGGUUAUCUGUUGGAUCACAGAAUCAAGACGACUUCAUCAUGACUCUCGAGAACAUCCCGCAAGGCCAGGCCGUGACCGUGAGCUUGAAGGAGUUGAUUGAUGGAACCAUAACCUUCCCCACCCUAACCGAAGCCUUCGGCCCCUCCUCCCUGGGCAUCAUCAUCGUCAAAGACCUCCCCGCGAACUUCGCCCAGCUGCGCGCCCAAGUCCUCUCGAACGCCUCCUACCUCGCCGCUCUCCCGCAAGAAGAACUAGAAACCCUCACCUCCGCCUCCGCAAAAUACCUGGUCGGCUGGUCGCACGGCAAAGAAACCCUGCGCCCCGGCGUCUACGACACCCACAAGGGCAGCUACUACCUCAACUGCGCCUUCCACCAGUCGCCCGAACUCCAAGGCGCACCGGCCGACCACCACCCCGAUUUGAGCGAGUACACAGCCCCGAACAUCUGGCCCGCCCCGAAAAGCCUCCCCUCGUUCGAGCCCAGCGUCCGCGCGCUCUGCAGCUUGAUCAUCGACACCGCGGCGCUGGUGGCGCGCGCGUGCGACCGGUUCGCGGCCGAGAAUGUUUCGGGCUAUGUGCCGGGGUACCUGGAGAAGGUGGUGCGGGGCAGUUUGACGACGAAGGCAAGGCUGUUGCAUUAUUUCCCGACCAAGCCGGAGGAAGAAGAGGGGGCGGCUGAAGCUGAAGGGGACGACGACUGGUGCGCGACGCACCUCGACCAUAGCUGUUUGACGGGGUUGACGUCGGCGAUGUUUGUGGAUGAGGCGGACCAGAACCUUGCGGACAGUGAAAAGCCACUGCACGAACUGGCGGCGUCGCCGGAUCCCACGGCCGGCCUGUAUAUCAAGUCCCGCACGGGCCAGAUCGUCAAGGUCAACAUCCCUCGGGACUGUUUGGCGUUUCAGACGGGCGAGGCGCUGCAGUUGAUCACCCGGGGCCAGUUCCGCGCGGUGCCGCAUUUUGUCAAGGGGGCGAGGACGGGGUUGGACGGCCGCAGGAUUGCGAGGAAUACGUUGGCGGUGUUUACGCAGCCCAAUUUGGAGGAGGAGGUGCAGCCGGGGGUUUCGUUUGCGGAUUUUGCGAGGGGAGUCGUGGCGAGGACUUAUUAGUGGGAGGAUCAUGGAUACCAUGG